CUAGCAGCAGUAGACAAAAAUUUCUUAUGGAAAUUUUUUAAAUCACAGAAAGAUAAUUAUAUUUAAAGAUUUUGUGUUGUGUGACACCCUAAACUAUUUUAAAUUAGUCAGUCAAUAUAAAACUGUAAAAAUAUCAAUCGUAAUUUGUGUAUUGAUUCAUUAUCGUUUAUGAAAGUUUUUCUUAUGGAAUACUGGGAAGUGUGUGAUCUACCGUGGUAUUGUGUCGGUGGUGUUGUUGUGAUUGAUCAAAUGAACUUCAAGAACAACAACAAAACAACUGACUGUCAUCAGAUAAAUAAAAUUCAGUGCAAUUAAUUCAGCAUUUUUGCGUGUUAUGUGACAAAUUGUGUUACAAUACCAUAUUGUGUUAAUUGAUUUGUUUAACCCUCAGAAAAAUCAAACAAAAAUUCAAAAAAUUGCAUACUUAUAAAUAUGCAAAAGAUUUUAAAUAAAACAUGACAAUAAAAAAUAUACAAACAGUGUUAUAAUAAAGCGCCGAGUAAAACAAACACCCAAUUAAAAAAAAUAUUAAAAAAUUGUUAAAAUAACUCAAAAUGUAUCCUCAUCGUAGUUUUGUGUGUUUAUUUCUUAAUGUAAAAGAUCUGAAAAGAACUUUGAUUCAAUUGAAUUUGUUGAGUAUUCUUUUGUGAAUUUCUGAUUAGAGUUUGUUAAUUUAUUUGUAUUUUUUUUAAUUUCAAAUAAACAUUUAAUUUCUUCCUAUAAGAAAAGUUAUCGUCUUAAUCUGUAAAAAUGCAAAUAUUGUGGAAUGUGUCCUUAUUUGUCGUUAUAUAAUAUAACAUACAAAUUUUGAUUUGCUUAAACAUCUUUAAAGUUUAUCUAUUUAUUUUGAAACAAAAAAAGAAUUAAACAAUGUUAAUAAAGUAAACAAUAUGUUUUUCAACAUAAAAUCAAUUACAAAAUUAUAAACGCAUUUGUAAAAGCUUAUUAUUGAUAGAUAAUCAACAGAUAUUUUACUACUUUAUAAAGAAAGUAUUUAAAAAAUUAACUAUAGUGUUAAAAAUAUUAAAAAAAAAAAACAGUGCGAUAAAAUACUCAACUAUUGUUAUAAAACAAUUAAAAAAAUCAUUCAUAUUUCAUUUCGAGUUCGAGAAAAAACAACAUUAAACGGAUUUGAAAUGUAUCGACUCGAUGAUACCAGCGGUGCCGCUAUGGAUAAGACAAAGCAAAAAUUGUCGGCGGCAUAUGUGUCGGGUGCAGCUGGUGCUGAAUCAGGCCGCCAGCGACACGCACCUCUUUAUGGACGAUUUGUUGUUGAGGAAGACUUACCCGCCACACAUCGAGAUGUCAUGCAUCACCGAUCGAGUCCGACUUCAUCGUCGGAAGUUCGAGCGAUGCAAGCUCGAAUACCAACACAUUUUCGAGAUCCAGCUACGGCGCCUUUACGAAAGCUUAGUGUGGAUCUGAUAAAAACAUAUAAACACAUCAAUGAGGUGUAUUAUGCGAAAAAGAAAAGACGAGCCCAGCAAACCCAAGGCGAGGAUGAUUCAUCUAAUAAGAAAGAACGUAAACUCUACAAUGACGGCUAUGACGAUGAUAAUCAUGAUUACAUAAUAAAAAACGGAGAAAAGUUCUUAGAUCGAUAUGAAAUUGAUUCGUUAAUCGGCAAAGGCAGUUUUGGACAAGUUGUUAAGGCUUAUGACCACGAAGAGCAGUGUCAUGUAGCGAUAAAGAUUAUAAAGAAUAAAAAACCGUUCCUAAAUCAGGCACAAAUAGAAGUUAAAUUGCUUGAAAUGAUGAAUCGAGCCGAUGCAGAAAACAAAUAUUACAUAGUUAAACUCAAACGGCAUUUUAUGUGGCGUAAUCACUUAUGUCUGGUUUUUGAACUUCUAUCCUAUAAUUUAUACGAUUUAUUACGGAAUACUAAUUUCCGUGGUGUAUCAUUAAAUCUAACGCGAAAAUUCGCUCAACAGCUGUGCACUGCUCUACUCUUUUUGAGUACACCAGGACUGAAUAUAAUACACUGUGAUCUUAAGCCCGAAAAUAUUUUGCUCUGUAAUCCAAAACGGUCAGCAAUCAAAAUUGUGGACUUCGGUAGUUCUUGUCAAUUGGGACAGCGGAUAUACCAGUACAUUCAAUCACGUUUCUAUCGAUCACCUGAAGUAUUGCUUGGAAUACCAUAUGAUCUAGCCAUUGACAUGUGGUCACUUGGAUGUAUAUUAGUUGAAAUGCAUACUGGGGAACCAUUAUUUUCUGGCUGCAAUGAGGUUGAUCAAAUGAACAAAAUAGUCGAAGUUUUAGGUAUGCCACCUAAAUAUCUGCUUGAUCAGGCGCACAAGACACGAAAGUUCUUUGACAGAACUAACUCCGAUGGUUCAUACGUGCUGAAAAAAAGCGUUCAUCGUAAGUACAAACCGCCGGGCUCAAGAAAACUCCACGAUAUUCUUGGUGUUGAAACUGGCGGUCCUGGUGGCAGACGACUGGAUGAGCCUGGCCAUUCUGUGGCAGAUUAUUUAAAAUUUAAAGACUUGAUCCUGCGAAUGUUAGAUUUUGAUCCAAAAACACGUGUCACACCUUACUAUGCCUUGCAACAUAAUUUCUUUAAGCGAACAACGGACGAAGGCACAAACACCGCCGGCAACAUUACAGCUUCAUCCCCGGCAGCAACAGUAGCGGCGACAGCUUUAGCAGUGGCGCAACAGCAGCAUCAAGAACAACAGAGUCAUGGUCUACUUUUACACCCAAGUGCUCAGUCGUCAUCUUCAUCAUCAGUAUCAUCCAGUAUUCUUCAAUCAAAUAAUAUCAACAACGCUGGCCAAUCUAUUUCUAAUUCAAUACCCCCACGUUCGAUGGUACAAUUUCCGAUGAUGAAACUCUAUGAUUCACAGCAACAACAGGCGGCGGCACUACUUGCAGCACAACAAGGUUUGCAAUCGUUGUUGUCGCCGCCAUCGUCAGGAAAUUCAAGCUCAUCCGGAUCAGCUACCUCACAAAACAGCACAUCCUGUCUACCAAUAUCCAAUCCACACGCAAUGGAUUGUGAUCCACCUGCUCCACACCUGCCACCAGCAUCACUGCUACCGCCGUCACGAUAUAGUUCCUCCAACCCAGGACAUUUACAUCAUGUAACUAAUAGCACUUCGCUAAUCGGAAAUAACUCUAGUGGUAACAACAGAUCGAAAUAUUUACGGAUAUGUGAACAUUUAGGUACUGACCGAUCUAUUCCAGUUUCUAAUUUGGUGGCUUCUUCCUCAUCUUCAAUAACCUCUGUUCACAAUAAGCUUCCAGUGUCGCAAAUUCAUAGUUAUGUCCCAAUUUCUUUGCCAAACGACCUUGGACAAUCUUUGGCAACAUCUCAUCUUAUGAUGACGGAUUCCAGUGUGAUUUCAGCUUCAACGACUGGUAACUUAUCUUCUGGUCCUAAGAAUUUCUCAUAUGGAAGCAGUCAUCAUUUAUUUGGAAUGGGAACAAGUUUCACGGAUACCACAAGCCCGCCAAGCAGUCUUAUAAAUCAUCAAGGUAAAGUAAUUCGAAUGAAUCCGCCAACCAGUUCUGGACCACCAUCAAUUAUAAGUGAUCGAAGUAAUUUAAAUCAAAUUCAUAGUGGGGAUGGUAGUAGUGUUGGCUCAUCCGCUGGUGGUAACGGUGGAAACGAAUCGUCGCCAAUGGUCGGUGUUUGUGUUCAACAGAGUCCAGUAGUUAUACAUUAAACCCGUUUUAAUUUAAAAAUCAGAUCUAAGUCUAAAAAUUGGUAAAUCAAUUAAUUAAAAAAAAACAUAACCCAUCGCUUCUAGAGCAAAGCUAAUGUUCAUUUUAAUGGUAUAGAAUCUUUUUUUAAUAUACCUUUGAAAACCUUGUUGUGUGUAUUUAAAACACAUUAUUUACAAUAAAUUGUUCUUAUUUAAGCUA